AAACCGUUAGACCUGUGAAGAGAUCAAUUUGGUAAUCAUAGAUUGUUUUGUAUAUAUAUAUUCGUAACGUAUUAAGAAAACAUCGAUAUGCGCUACAGAGAUCUACUAGCUAUAUUUCUACUUUUAUUUGUUGCUAUGACAACAGUAGACAGUAUGGGACUACCGUGUGUUGAUUACUGGGCUAAAUGGUGUGGUAGAAGACCAGGAAAUAUAAAGAGAUCACAUUCCUCGAUGAAAGCCCAGAAGGAUUUGUUGGCCCCAUUGGUAAAAAAUGCAAUACUCAAGAUCUUGAAUGAAAACUUAGAAGAAGAUGAGUUCGAUGACUAUCUCCCGUUACCAGUGGAAACAGAUGCAGAAUACAAUAACAACAGACAAAUGACGAACAACUGGCUUUGAUUUGGACACAUUACUUGAUGUAUAUUAAACCACACAAGCGCGC